GUUAAUUAAUAUUUUUCAAAAGUUUUAAUGUUAUUGAUGAUUUAUUUUAUAUAAAAAUUCUUAUUGGUGUAAAAACAGAAAGCUACAAUUUAACUAUUUUUGAGAACAGGAAGUUUGGUAAACUUGUGAUCAAAUAGUGAGCGAUACAGAAAAAAGACCAAGUAUUGCAGUACUGUUACUGUUAAACAUAAAGGUAGUGCAAUAGCUGCUAGAAAUGGCUAGAAGCAAAGAAAGCCCAUGUCAUGCAUUAGAAAGAUUAAGUCUAGAUCAGAAAAGUUUAACUGUUGAAGAAAGACGUUUUUUACAAGGAGUCCAAGAUCAAGAUGUUGAAAGGGUUCGGAACAUGUUAGAGACAGAUCCAAAUCUGUCAAUCAACUGUUGUAAUUUUAGAGGAGAGCGUGCAUUGGAAAUUGCUGUUGGAGUACAUGAUGAAGAGUUGGUAGUUGAACUUUUAAACUUAUCAAAAUAUCGAUCUAAACCAAUUGAUUAUGAUCAUUAUUAUGCAAGCAUCUUACGUGCAGUGCUGGAGCAAGAAGAACCUAUUUUAAAAAUAUUGUUAGCAAGUUAUGCAGAAUUUAAGAGCCAGGGAACAGAUGAUUCACCUCCAGAUGUUGCCAGUAGCAAUUUGACUCCUCUCAUGGCUGCUGCCAUUAAUGGCAAUAUAAGAAUAACAAGGUUGCUCAUGGAGAAUGGCCACAAGAUAAAUGACCCCAAUCAUGCCAGUUAUGUCAACUAUAAAUAUGGUGAGAGUUUAAAGGAAUCCAUUUCUCGUAUAAAUGCUUAUCGUGCCUUGGCCAGUCCAACUUAUAUUAUUGCAAAAAACAAUGAUCCUAUUUUGGAAGCUUUUCAGCUUAGUGAUGAAUUGCAUAAACUGGGAUCUAAUUUUCUUGAAUACAAGGAUGAAUAUGAAAAACUCUCAGUCGAAUGUUCCCAGUUUGCUGCAGCUCUUCUGGAUCAGUGUCGUGAUACAAAAGAAGUUAAAACUAUUCUACGUCAGAAAGAAGGAUGUAUUGAUUCAAGACCUCACCCAUUCCCACGCCUUAACCAUGCUAUUUACUUGAAGCAAAAACAAUUUGUGACACAUCCAAAUUGUCAGCAAGUAAUACGCUCUGUUUGGGUUGGAGAGUUAUCAGACUGGUGGAGCUGGUCAACUACAAGACGAACCAGGCACAUUCUUACUCAUGCCUUAAUAGCUCCAUUCCUUGUUCUGUUUUAUGUGUUAUUUAAAACUGAAACUUUAAAAAAGCCUCUACGGGUACCUUUGAAUCGAUUCAUUUAUUCUGUUGUGUUCUACGUUUACUUUCUGAUGUUUUUGAUUGCUUCACUGUACAAUGAAAUACAUGAUCUUCUUCAUCCAGUGAGAUGGUCAGAAGUGGCUGUAGGCUUUUGGGUUGUAGGAUAUGCACUAGAGCUAGUUUGUAGCGUAUACUAUCAGAAACCAAAAGUGUUUUUUAGGUCUUUCUGGACAGUCUAUGAUGUGAUCACAUUUAGUUUCUUUCUCAUUGCUGAAGCAUUGUGGUUUGGAUUAUAUAUUAUGUCUAAGGUGGACAAAACAGCUGUAUACUUAACUCGUGAGCAGUGGAGCCCAUUCCAUUGUUUCUUAAUUGCAGAGGGUCUUUAUGCACUAGGAACGCUGUUUGCUUUCUGUAGGCUUUUGUUUUGGUACGAAGCUCAUACAAAACUUGGACCUUUGAGUGUUUCUCUCCGAUACAUGAUAUAUGAUGUUUUAAAAUUCUUGCUGAUAAUUCUUGUUAUUCUGUUUUCUUUUGUUAUUGCUAUAAAUUCCAUAUACAGGAAUUACAAAGAAAACAUCUUAUAUUUAGAAAAUGGUCGGAAGAAACAUCAACCUGAAUCAUUUAGCACAAUACAAAAGACCUUCAAAACAUUGUUUUGGGCAAUUUUUGGCACCGAACAAUCUGUAGCUGCUGAUAUAGUCCUUUCCGGAAACCAGACAAAUAUGGAAGCAGAUCAUGUUUUCACUGAAGCAGUUGGUUACUUUUUGUGGGGAUUCUACCAUAUUACCAUUGUUAUUAUUUUGCUAAACAUGCUAAUAGCUAUGAUGACAGGGAGUUAUAAGAGAGUGCAGGAAAACUCGGACACAGAGUGGAAAUUUGCAAGAUCUGCUCUGUGGUUGGCAUACUUUGCAUGUAGAAGUGCAGUUCCUUCACCUUUAAACUUAAUUCCACGUAUUCAGAAACUAGUGAAUUUGGGUAAAAAGCUCAGAGACUGUUUUUGGAAGAAAAACUUUUCAAGCCAGAACACAAAAGGCGGUGUUUAUAAAAGGAAUUGCUGUUUUUUUGAGAAUUGUGGUGAAGAAGAGGGUGAAUGUCAGACACAAAAAGACUAUAAGGAUUUGAUUAUUCAGUUAAAACAUCGUUACCUCCAAGCACAAGAACACAGAACUCUAAAUACCGUGAUAUCUAAUCAGAAUAUGAUAUCGGGUGAAAUGCUAGAGAAACUUAGAACAGAAGUAAUUCAGGAAGUGCGAAAGUCUUUGAGAUCCAGCAUAACCCUUGCUCAACUACGUUUUUUUAAACCAUCUUUGAAACAGAGUAAUGAAGUAGAUGGUAGUAUUGAUAAUGAAACAAGGUGUACAAGUAUAUAGGUAACAUUUUGCAUCUUAUUUAAGUUCCCCACAACUGUGUGGGUGUAAUCAGGUGUUUACCAAAUAUUUAAUUUUUUUUUUAUUUUAACAGUGAUCUCAUGGUAAACUAACUUAUAAAUUGUAGGUUAACAUACAAGUAGACAUUUUAUGUUAGAUUAUUACAAUGAAUUUUAUAAGUGUGUAGAUACAUUUUUAAUUAACUUGUUUUACAGUUAGUUUCUUGAAGCAGAAUGACUAUUUGUCUUAAAGAUUUCAAUAUUUGUAACUGUGAACUUUAAAAAUUCAUAUAUAACAUAAUGUUGCGUAUCUGCUCGUCUCUUA